AUGUACUACACAAGACAAGACAACUAUUUUCUAGUUGUAGCAGUAUUCGUGGACGAUUUCUUCAUUCUGUCAAACAGCGACAGCUUGAAAACAAAAUUCAAAAACGACCUUAAGAAAUUGUUUACGGUCAAGGAUCUGGGACCUGUCAAAGACUGCCUCGGAAUGAGGGUAUCCCAGAGCAAAGGUCGUGUAACUCUUGACCAGUCACACUACAUUGACAAACUUUUAGGAAAAUAUAACAUGACGGACGCCAUCACCGUCACUACACCGAUGGAACCUGGCCUGAAGUUAACCCUUCCCACGCAGGUAGAAGAAAUAGAUGUUCCCUACAGAGAACUUAUCGGCUCGCUAAUGUAUAUAGCAAUUGGAACUCGGCCCGAUAUUGAGCACACAGUCUCGUACCUAUCCCAAUUCAAUACACAUUACGGGGGGGUACACUGGAAAGCCGCAAAAAGAGUUCUCAGAUACCUCAAAGGUACCAAGGACAUGAGGUUAACUUACACUCAUAAUGGCUACAACAACGUCGUGGGAUAUUCGGAUGCUGACUUCGGAAACAGUGUCAUUGACCGAAGAUCCUAUACAGGAUAUGUCUUUCUGGUGAGUGGAGGGCCAAUCUCUUGGGAAGCUCACAAGCAACGUACAGUCGCCCUUUCAACAACAGAAGCUGAGUACAUGGCUUUAGCUGAAGCCUGCAAGGAGGCCAUUUACCUAAAAACGCUCAUACAGUAG